AUAAGAAAAGAACGUAGCAAAUCCCCAUUCCUCAUUUCUUCAUAAUUUCUCUAUCUUCCACAAAAUUCAAUCGAAGCUUGCAGAAUUCAUCAACAAUGGCGCAAGCAUUAGCUACUCCAGUCCUCCCAUCACUCUCUCUAAUCUCCAAUUCCAUCUCUCUCUCCCCCAAAAACUCCAUCUUCUUCCCCCUCUCCACCUCUCUCCCCAAGAUUGGUGGGCUGAGUAUCAAAUGCGCGCGUGUGGGUGGUGUUGAGAUACCCAACAACAAGCGCGUGGAGUAUUCUCUGCAGUACAUUCACGGAAUUGGGCGCACCGCCGCUCGCCAGAUAUUGAACGAUCUCAGCUUCGAGAAUAAGAUAACCAAAGACUUCUCCGAGGAGGAGCUCACCAUUCUUCGUGACGAAGUUUCUAAGUACAAAAUUGAAGGAGAUCUCAGGAGGUUUAACGGACUUGCGAUAAGAAGGCUGAAGGAGAUACAAUGCUACCGAGGAGUUCGACACAUUCAGGGAUUGCCGUGCAGAGGGCAGAGGACUAAGAACAAUUGCAGGACUUUGAAGGGUAAGAGGGUCGCCAUUCCUGGCAAGAAGAAGAAGUGAGACACUCGGUUUGUUUUUCUUUCUCUGUAAUUUGUAAAAUGCCGUAUUAGAGCUUUGAAUCUGAUUUUUUUUUUUUUGUAAUCGAAAGCAACUACUUUUUAGACACGGAAUUCUAUUCGAUUUUCUAGUUACCGAUAUUGCAUUCGUAUUUGUCUUGAAGAAAUGAUCAGCGUUCUUCUUGGAUUAA